AUGGCCCUCAACCUACACGGCGUCCAGAAUUCAGAGUCUACAUCGACGAAUGGCUCUGGAGUCCAAGAUGCAAAUGAGAAAGUCGUUAGGAUCUCGGGCUCUGAAACCACUCAAAAGAUUCGCCACCGUAUCUUGGAGGAGCGAUCGGGUGAUCUUAUUGCAGAAAAGCCAUAUACUAAUAUUUCGAGUCUGUGGCGCCGACAAACCACCUCGCACAAGCCGGACGAGAUCGCAACCCAACCUUCGGUAUUCGACGACCCAGAGUUGGCUGUUUACUUUCAGCCCUCUGAAAACUACGAAAACCGGCAUCGUUUUGACGCAGACUUCCGAUGGACUUGGGCAGAAGAGACUCCCUUGGUCAAGAAGAUUGACUGGAAAGUCACCGUUUGGUCUUGCAUCGCCUUCUUCGCCCUCGACCUGGACCGGUCCAACAUCAGCCAAGCCAAUUCAGACAACUUCCUCGAUGAUCUUGGGCUUGACACCAAUGACUACAAUCUUGGCCAAACCGUAUUCAGAGUCUCAUUUCUCCUGGCUGAGCUCCCCAGUCAGUUGAUCAGUAAGAAGAUUGGACCUGACCGCUGGAUCCCGGCACAAAUGAUACUUUGGAGCAUCGUUAGCGCAGCCCAAUUCUGGCUCAAUGGACGAUCAUCUUUUCUUGCAACUCGUGCCUUGAUCGGAAUGCUUCAAGGUGGCUUCAUCCCUGAUGUUAUCCUAGUAGAACUGCCUUUCAGGCUGGCGCUGUUUUGGAUGGCAAAUCGUUUGACCGAUGUCAUCGCCCCCUUGCUUGCGUACGGGCUUCUUCGAUUGCGAGGGUACCACGGGUAUGAAGGUUGGCGCUGGCUGUUCCUUUUGGAAGGUAUUCUGACACUGGUGAUUGGGAUAUGGUCCGUGUUCAUCAUGGUGCCAUCCCCAACUCAGACCAAGGCGCCUUGGCGGCCUAAAGGCUGGUUCACGGAGCAUGAGGAAAAGAUCAUGGUCAGCCGUAUUCUUCGAGACGAUCCCUCCAAGAGCGACAUGCAUAACCGCCAGGCCAUCACCCUCAAGAUGCUUUGGGAGUCCUUGUGCGACUAUGACUUGUGGCCUAUCUAUAUUAUCGGGCUCACAUUCGGUGUUCCGGCUGGACCACCUGAUCAGUACCUUACUCUUACACUGCGACAGCUUGGAUUCGACACUUUCGACACGAACCUUCUCAGCAUUCCAUGCCAAGUUACAACCACGCUGAACAACGACACAGAUGUUGCUGUUGACAUGGUUUUCGGAAAGAAUCAAUCAGCGGGCCCUGCUUGGCGGCUUCGUUCAGUUGUGGCUCUUACCAUGCGUUAUUGCCCUUGCGGUCAUACCAUCCGAUGUCAAUCGAUGGGCCUCAUAUGCGUUGGUGAUUGUGCUGCUGUCUUACCCUUCGCCCCAUCCCAUGUGAUUGGUUGGGCAAGCCGCAAUUCCAAUACUGUCAGGACAAGGACAGUUUCGGCGGCGCUGUACAAUAUGUCUGUGCAAAUACAGUCCAUCAUCAGCGCUAAUAUCUACCGGCGAGACGAUCGCCCGCAGUAUCGCCGCGGCAACAGGGUUUUGGUUGGAAUUGCCAGUAUGAACAUCGUGGUGUACGCAUGCGCCAAGUUCUACUAUGUUUGGAGAAACAAGCAGCGAGACCAGAUUUGGGACGCCAUGUCACCAGAGGAGCGUCAGCGAUAUUUGGAUACUACCACAGACAAGGGCAGCAAGAGACUGGACUUCAGGUUUGUGAGUUGA